AAAAACCUAGCAGUCUUUUGUUCGACGCAGUGUCAAUGCGUCGCUCAGUGAAAGCAAAAGUUCAAAAUCACGCUGCUGUUUUAAGGAAACUUUCCAGCUUGUUCGGUGGACACGCAGCAUCUGGAACACGACGCAAGUUUGAUGGCAACCACCAAACCGAUCUACUUGCAACAUGUUUGAAGACAACACGUGAAUCCGUAUCGCUGUCAUAGAGUCGUCCGUACUUAAGAACGGCCAAAUAUGGUCAACAUGUUUUCUUCACGUUGGCUCCGCCCAUCAUACGGCUUUCACGCUGUCUGGAUACUGGUGAACGGCAUCAUUUUCUGGAACACUUAUCGACUCUACAAAGGCCAACCGCAAUAUUACUACCUCCAUCAAAUAUUAGGAAGCGGACUUUGCAUUUCACGCGGUUCGGGAGCCGUUUUGAACGUGAGUUGCGCUCUUAUUCUGCUCCCGACCUGCAAGCAGGCAAUCACCAGCAUCCACCUUUGCUGUUGCAAUAUUUUGAAUCGAUGCGGCCUAUCAUCCCGUCGAAUCCGUUCGUUUUUUAAUCAAGCCGAGCGUUUUCACGUCACUUGCGCUAUAACCGUCAUCGUCGCAUCAGUUGUUCACACUGCAGCUCAUUUAGUUAACGCAGUUAAUUGUUCUCGUUAUUACAACCACCGAUGGACUGAAGUCAACAUCGCCGAUUCUCCCGGCCAGGAUGCUUUCCAAUUAGUUUUCAAGACAGUUCCAGGAAUUACGGGAGUGCUGAUGAUGCUGAUACUGGCCAUGAUACUCGUGACGUCUGCCAGUUGGUUCCGCACGCGUCACUACAAUACGUUUUAUUACAGCCAUCACUUUCUUUUCGGUCCCUUUUUAGUCCUGCUUGUUUUCCAUCCCACAAGUGGCAUGCUGAAGGAGCAAACGAAUUGGCGUGACCAUUGGCCGGGAAACGCUGACGAUGAAAAUAGGCCACCUCCUGUUUUCAUACCCAUGAAGGGAUACACUUGGUUGUACGUAACGAUUCCGCUUGCGUUCUACCUUGUUGAUUGGAGCUGGCGCAGAGUCAGUAGACGCCAGCCCGUUCACGUGACCCGAGUCGUCGUGCACGAACCAGACGUUAUCGAAGUGGUCGUUGAUCGCUGGAUGAGUCAUUCUCAACCCGGACAAUAUGUCCUCCUUCAAUGUCCGGUGAUAUCUGGUUUCGAAUGGCAUCCAUUUUCACUCUCAUCGUGCUGUGAUUUGACUCACGCUAGCUGGACGGUUCACAUGAAAACGAACGGCGAUUGGUGCAAGCAAUUAAAGAGUCUCCUGGGCGUGAAAGCUCGAAGAGAUGACAUCGAACUCUACGUGGACGGUCCAUUUUCCAGUCCGUUUUGCGGCGUUUUGAACAGUAAAACAGUCAUCUGCAUAGCGGGCGGCAUCGGAUUCACGCCUUUCUUGUGUGUCAUCCACAAUUUAAUUCGGAACGGAUGGCCUGCGCGACCUGAUCGCCUGCACAUCAUAUGGUGCGUCACGACGGCAGAAAGCCUUUUGUGGGCAUCAGCAGCCAUCCAUCAACUGAUCGAGGACGCUUGGGCCAGCCCUCGUCCAGAUAAGCUGGAAAUUAGACUGCAUGUCACACGCCCAGCACCUGAGGGCUCUCAUUCUGGCGGUUUCUCUCCAGUAGAAACCCUUCUAGGUAAAAAAUACCCCAAUCUACUUCGGCGACUGGAAUAUGGCCGUCCAAAAUGGUCGGAACUUUUCACGUCAUGGAAAGAGAGUUAUUCAAGGGAACGUGUGGACGUUUUCAGCUGUGGACCCAGAGAGCUGAAUCGCCAGAUUCAACAGAUGUGCCGCUCCAUUUCCAAUUUCACUCUAGCCCAAGAAAGUUUCUCCUGAAUAAAAAAAAGCUAUCGCUUUUUUUUAGUCAGGAUAAAUCAAACAUUACAUUUCAUUAUAUAAUUUAACAGAAUUGCUGAUAAAGUCAAAUUGCGUAUGCAAAAAAAAAAAAAUAAUUUUUG